GCGUUGAACUGGAGGCCAUAUGAUUUUCUUAAGCUGUUUUACGGUUUGUGGAAAGAGUAGGGCAGAUAGGCCCAAACUGGGAAGGCCUAACCAAAGGAUCUUUAAUUAUAAUAUUAGGGUGUUUCUGAGUACAUGUGACUCACUGAGGUUACUUUGUAUUCUUGCCUUAACAGGAUUGUGUUUCAGUUCUUCCCCCGUAGUUAUAUGUGCAGGGGCGUGGGGGACAGGCCUAGUAAUCUAGUGUCCAUAGAACUUGACAGACCUAGGUGACAUUGGACAAUUUACCUAACCACUCCAGCACUCGAUUUUGUGAUACGUGAAUUUGAGAUUCUUUGUACCUGCGUCGCAGAGUUGUCUUGCAGGUUUAAUAAGGGAAUGUGGAGUUUCUGUUGUGGACAGUGCUUGUGCUCCGGAGUUUGCAGAGCUCUUUCCUAUACGGGAAUGAUCUUCACUGGUUAGCAUGUGCCUUAUAUGUGGCUUGCAGAAAAUCUGUGCCGACUGUAAGCAAAGGGACUGUUGAAGGAAACUAUGUAUCUUUAACUAGAAUCCUGCGAUGUUCCGAACAGAGCUUACUUGAAUUUUUUCACAAGAUGAAGAAGUGGGAAGACAUGGCAAACCUACCCCCACAUUUCAGAGAACGUACUGAGAGACUAGAAAGAAACUUCACUGUGUCGGCGGUAAUUUUUAAGAAAUAUGAACCCAUUUUUCAGGACAUUUUUAAAUAUCCUCAAGAGGAGCAGCCUCGUCAACAGAGAGGAAGAAAACAGCGGCGACAGCCCUGUACCGUGUCCGAAGUUUUCCAUUUUUGUUGGGUGCUUUUUAUAUAUGCAAAAGGUAAUUUCCCCAUGAUUAGUGAUGAUUUGGUCAAUUCUUACCAUCUUCUGCUGUGUGCUUUGGACUUGGUUUAUGGAAAUGCGCUUCAAUGUUCCAACCGUAAAGAACUUGUAAACCCUAAUUUUAAAGGCCUGUCAGAGGAUUUUCAUGCUAAGGAUUCUAAACCUUCCUCGGACCCACCUUGUGUCAUUGAGAAACUCUGUUCCUUACAUGAUGGCCUCGUUUUGGAAGCAAAGGGAAUAAAGGAACAUUUCUGGAAACCCUAUAUUAGGAAACUUUAUGAAAAAAAGCUCCUUAAGGGAAAAGAAGAAAAUCUUACAGGGUUUUUAGAACCUGGGAACUUUGCAGAGAGUUUUAAAGCCAUCAAUAAGGCCUAUGAGGAGUAUGUUUUAUCUGUUGGGAAUUUAGAUGAAAGGAUAUUUCUUGGAGAGGAUGCUGAAGAGGAAAUUGGGACUCUGUCACGGUGUCUGAACACUGGUUCGGGAGCAGAGGCUGCUGACAGGGUGCAGAUGAAAGCCAUCCUCCAGCAGCAUUUCGACAAGUCUAAAGCACUUAGGAUCUCCACACCACUGACUGGUGUGAGGUACGUUAAGGAUAACAGCCCUUGUGUGACCCCAGUUUCUACAGCAACACACAGCUUGAGUCGUCUUCACACCAUGCUCACAGGCCUCAAGAAUGCUCCAAGUGAGAAAUUGGAACAGAUUCUAAGGACAUGUUCCAGGGAUCCAACACAGGCUAUUGCCAACAGAUUGAAAGAAAUGUAUGAAAUAUAUUCUCAGCAUUCCCAGCCAGAUGAGGAUUUCAGUAAUUCAACUAAAGAAAUUGCCAGCAAACAUUUUCGUUUUGCAGAAAUGCUCUACUAUAAAGUAUUAGAAUCAGUUAUUGAGCAGGAACAGAAAAGACUGGGAGACAUGGAUUUAUCUGGCAUUCUGGAACAAGAUGCAUUCCAUAGAUCGCUUUUGGCCUGCUGCCUUGAGGUCGUCACUUUUUCUUAUAAGCCUCCUGGGAAUUUUCCAUUUAUUACUGAAAUAUUUGAUGUGCCACUUUAUCAUUUUUAUAAGGUGAUAGAAGUAUUCAUUAGAGCGGAAGAUGGUCUUUGUAGAGAGGUGGUAAAACACCUUAAUCAGAUUGAAGAACAGAUCUUGGAUCAUUUGGCAUGGAAACCAGAGUCUCCACUCUGGGACAGAAUUAGAGACAACGAAAACAGGGUUCCGACUUGCGAAGAGGUUAUGCCACCUCAGAACCUGGAAAGAGCAGAUGAUAUUUGUAUCACUGGCUCUCCUUUGACUCCCAGAAGGGUGAGUGAAGUUCGUGCUGAUACUGGAGGACUUGGAAGAAGCAUGACAUCUCCAGCCACAUUAUAUGACAGAUAUAGCUCCCCAACAGCCAGCUCCACCAGAAGGCGGUUAUUUGUCGAGAAUGAUAGCCCCUCUGAUGGAGGGACACCUGGGCGCAUUCCCCCACAGCCCCUAGUCAAUGCUGUCCCUGUGCAGAAUGUAUCGGGGGAGGCUGUUUCUGUCACUCCAGUUCCUGGGCAGACUUUGGUCACCAUGGCAACAGCCACUGUCACAGCCAACAAUGGACAAACAGUGACCAUUCCUGUACAAGGUAUUGCGAAUGAAAAUGGAGGGAUAACAUUCUUCCCAGUCCAGGUCAAUGUUGGAGGGCAAGCCCAAGCUGUGACUGGCUCCAUCCAGCCCCUUAGUGCUCAGGCUCUGACUGGAAGUUUGAGCUCUCCACAGGUGACAGGAACAACUUUGCAAGUCCCUGGUCAGGUGGCCAUUCAGCAGAUCUCCCCAGGUGGACACCAGCAGAAACAAGGCCCACCUUUAACUGGCAACAGUAUUAGGCCCAGGAAGACCAGCUCUUUAUCGCUUUUCUUUAGAAAGGUGUACCACUUGGCAGGUGUCCGCCUUCGGGAUCUUUGUGCUAAACUGGAUAUUUCAGAUGAACUGAGGAAAAAAAUCUGGACCUGUUUUGAGUUCUCCAUAAUUCAGUGUCCUGAGCUUAUGAUGGACAGACAUCUGGACCAGUUGUUAAUGUGUGCUAUUUAUGUGAUGGCAAAGGUCACAAAAGAAGACAAGUCCUUCCAGAACAUUAUGCGUUGUUAUAGGACUCAGCCACAAGCCCGGAGCCAGGUGUAUAGAAGUGUUUUGAUAAAAGGGAAAAGGAAAAGAAGAAAUUCUGGCAGCAGUGACAGCAGAAGCCAUCAGAAUUCUCCAACAGAACUAAACAAAGACAGAACCAGCAGAGACUCCAGUCCCGUCAUGCGGUCCAGCAGCACCUUGCCCGUUCCACAGCCCAGCAGCGCUCCUCCUACACCUACUCGCCUCACAGGCGCCAACAGUGACAUGGAAGAGGAGGAGAGGGGAGACCUCAUUCAGUUCUACAACAAUAUCUACAUAAAGCAAAUUAAAACAUUUGCCAUGAAGUACUCACAAGCAAACGUAAUGGAUGCUCCUCCUCUCUCUCCAUAUCCAUUUGUCAGGACAGGCUCUCCUCGCCGAAUACAGCUAUCUCAAAAUCAUCCUAUCUACAUUUCACCACAUAAAAAUGAAACGAUGCUUUCUCCUCGAGAAAAGAUUUUCUAUUACUUCAGCAACAGUCCUUCAAAGAGACUGAGAGAAAUUAACAGUAUGAUACGGACAGGAGAAACUCCAACCAAAAAGAGAGGGAUACUUUUGGAAGAUGGAAGUGAAUCACCCGCAAAAAGAAUUUGCCCAGAAAAUCACUCUGCCUUAUUACGCCGUCUCCAAGAUGUAGCUAAUGACCGAGGUUCUCACUGAGGUUAGUCUGUUGUAUUGAAAUUAUCUUUUCACAAACCCUGUCCAGCAGCACCAUUUAAUGCAUGCUCGAGUAUGGGGCUCUUUUCCUAAUCUUCCAGUAUCCUCUUUGGAUAUUUCUACUCAUCCCAGCUGCCUUUUUCCUACCACUCAGUGCUUGCCAUCAAGACUGCUUAGAAUCCAAAUGUGGAUUUUUUUUUUAACUCUUCGGCAAAGCUUUUACAAGAGCUGCAGAGAACAGAGCGUGCUCACCUCUGUGUAAGAGGUCUCUGUGGAUGUGCUCCAGCAGAGGGACUGUAUUUCGGUUCAUUCCCACCUGAUUCAUGGUCAGCUUCUGGCCCUCACGAAAAGCAAAACAAAAACUUAGGUGUUUGUCCCAAAACGCCUGGUAGGAGUGGGAGGUUUUGGCAUUCCUGCAACAGAGGGCAAGAGCCCCGAUCCGGAGGCCCUAGAUUCUUACCCCAGUCUCCUGUUCCCGUGGUGUAACUGUUCCCUCUCCCCUUUAGGUGUGGUGGUGUGGGAAGUGCUGGGUUGUUUGGUGUGCAAUGUGUGAGUGAACUUGUAUAAGAAGUGGCACUUUAGGGCUGUAAAAAGCAUGGUUUUGUAACCCAGAUUUUGCUGUAUAUUUGCGAUGGCACUUUCUAUAAUGUGAACUUUAUUAAGUACAAAACUUCCAGGCUAAACAUGCAAUAUCAUCUUUGAUGCUUUUGUACUUUUUUUAAACUGUUAAAGCCCCAGUAGCUGCCUUUGGGCAUGUGUUUUUAAUUCUCCAGUGUUUUGUUGUUAAUAGGGAUCAGUUGGCUAAGUAAAGAUUUUAAAUCAAGUUGAAUUUUAAAUCAAGGGAAUAUGAAAAAUUCUGACCUCUUCUUUAAGAGGUAGUUAUCCUGAAAGACACGUGUCUAUUAAGGUGAUAAACUUAAAAGAUCUUUGGGUGUGUUCCUGGCAGUUUAAAAAAUAGGUUGGAGAAUUUAGGUUUUUAUUAGUACAUAGUACCAUUUAUAAAAAUUAGAAAUGUUAUUUAACAGCUGUUGAAUUAUCUCUAUAUACCUUUAUUAAUCACUAUCGUUCCAGCAGUUUUAAAGUUGAAUGAAUAAUCUUAUUAGGGAGAAAAUUCAAUUGUAAAUUGAAUCAGUAUAAACCAAGUUACUGGGUAACUUCAUAUUGCUCUGAAAGAAAUAUGGAACUUACACUGUUCAGUUAGAAUAGUGGUCUGCAAAAAUAUUUAUAAAACCUCUUCAAGAUACUGCUACUGUAAUUUUAUAUGAAAAUAAGUGUAUUUUUCAAUAAAGCAUUUAUAAAUUAA